AUGCACCCAUUAGAUCCACUCACUAGAAUUGAAAUAGAACAGGCUACAGAUGCUACGAAAGCCUUCGUCAAAUUGGAGCAGGGCUUAAAGCCGCAGUCUUUACAGUUCAACACUGUCACUUUGAUAGAGCCACCAAAGCAGCAAGUAUUAGCCUGGUUAGGAUAUGAAGAUAAUGCUCCGCUUAUCACACGUCAAGCGGAGAGCGUCGUGGACUUGCCAUCAAAUAUUUCGGAGGGGAAGUCCGUAAAAGAAGCCCACGUCACAAAGUGGAAAUGUCUUGACAAAGAUCAACAGCCAAGCUUGUUAGUUGAAGAACUCAAUCAAGCGGAGAAAUGGGCCAAAUCUAACCCUAAGAUUUUGGAAGCCGUCAAAGAAGUUGGCGUAGAUCCAGAAAUGCUCUUCUGCGACGGAUGGUGUGUAUCCAUCGAUGAGCGUUUCCCAGGAAGGCGUCUUCAGCAGUGUCUUAUGUUUGCUCGUUCACGGCCUGGUGACUCGCUCUAUGCGCAUCCACUAGACUUUGUUCCCGUAUUCGACAGCCAUACAGGCGAGUUGCUCGCUUUGGACUUCCCUCCACUCAACGCUCAAGAUGGCGAGCCGGCUCCGCCAUCGGAAGGUCUUAAGCCGAUUCAUAUAACUCAGCCUGAAGGUGUAAGUUACAACAUUGAAGGUCGUGUUCUUAGAUGGCAGAACUGGAGUCUGCAUGUCGGUUUCAACUACCGCGAUGGCCUUGUACUCAACAAUGUUACAUACGAUGACAAUGGUACUAUAAGACCACUUUUCUAUCGUUUGAGUAUCGCCGAGAUGGUUGUACCAUACGGUAUCACCAAGUUCCCGGGUCACAGAAAGCAUGCAUUCGACACAGGUGAAUAUGGUAUCGGUACACUCUCGAACAGUCUCUCGCUUGGUUGUGACUGCCUUGGGUCCAUCAGCUAUAUGGACGCUGACUUCGUUAAACGCUCUGGUGAAUCAAAGACAACAAAAUCUGCUGUAUGUAUACAUGAAGAGGAUGCAGGCAUUCUCCACAAGCAUACAGACUUCCGUGAUUUGAAAGUCCAUGUUGCGCGUAAUCGCAAAUUGAUUAUAUCCAAUAUCUGCACGGUUGCUAACUACGAGUAUGGCUUCUAUUGGUCAUUUGGAUUAGAUGGGAACAUUGAAUUGGAAGUUAAAUUGACUGGUAUUGUUAACGUCACCGCAAUGGGUCCAAACGAGCCACGUAAUAAGCAAAUUGAAACAGAGGUAGCACCGAGAAUUGCUGCACCAUUCCAUCAGCAUCUUUUUUCACUUCGCAUUGAUUCUAUGAUUGAUGGACAAAAGAACCAGGUUGUCCAGACUGAUAUUAUUCCGGAUGAGGAUGUCGUUGGAGGACCUACGAAUUACUAUGGUAACGGUUUCCACACCGAGAAAACCAUAUUCAAGAACAGCAAAGACGCAAUUUCAGAUUAUGAUGCAACCAAAGCACGUACCUGGACAAUAGAGAAUCCAAACAAAGAGCACUACUCUUCUGGAAAUCAAGUAGGAUAUAAGAUAAUGUGCAAUAAUAUGUCAACCAUGUUUGCAAAGAAGGGAUCAAUGUUGUAUAACAGAGCGCCAUUUGCUAGACAUGGUAUUCACGUUACCAAGUAUCAAGAUAACACACUCUAUCCUUCCGGUAUGUACGUUAAUCAAUGUGAAGGUGGCGAACAAUUCGCUUUAUCAGAUUGGAUAGCAAAGGGUGAUAAUGUUCAAAAUGAAGAUAUCGUAACUUGGUUAACAUUUGGCGCUAACCAUGUCGUUAGACCAGAAGAUUGGCCUAUUAUGCCUGUUGAAUCGGUCAAAGUACAUCUCAAGCCUUCAAACUUCUUUGACAGGAAUCCAGCUUUGGAUGUUCCUUCAGUUAAAGAUUCUAAGUCGCGGUUGGCUGAAGAAGCUGAAGCCACACAGGAUUGCUGCAAUAAUAAAUAA